GGGUCAGGCGGCGCGGCGGAGGCGGCUGUGGUUUUCCUUAGCCUGGUCUGCCGCGGGUGGCCCUACGGCCCGGCCUACCGGGAGGAUGGUGGGAGCGAGAUGAGCCUUGGUCCGGAGCAGCCGCCGGCCCCGGCCCGGGAGGGAGAGAAAGAGGAGGAGGAGGAGGAGAAGGAGGCAGCGAUAGAGCUCGAGUCCCAUCCCCAGCCUCCGGAGGAGGUCGGGGGCGCCAGGCGAGCCGGCUGGAUCAUGCUAGUGGAGAGGGGCGCCUGGAAGGCGGGCGGCAGCUGUGGCGCGCAACAAGCUGGUGGUCGGCCAAGCAUAUACCAUGCGGUGGUGGUGAUAUUUCUAGAAUUUUUUGCCUGGGGGCUCUUGACAACUCCAAUGCUAACAGUCUUACAUGAAACAUUUUCCCACCAUACGUUUUUAAUGAAUGGUCUUAUUCAGGGUGUUAAGGGUUUUUUGUCCUUUCUCAGUGCUCCGUUAGUAGGUGCUCUGUCAGAUGCAUGGGGAAGAAGGUCCUUUCUUCUUCUUACAGUUUUCUUCACUUGUGCUCCAAUUCCAUUAAUGAGAAUAAAUCCAUGGUGGUACUUCGCUAUGAUUUCGGUAUCUGGAAUAUUUUCUGUUACUUUUUCCGUAAUAUUUGCCUAUGUAGCUGAUGUAACACAGGAGCAUGAAAGAAUUACAGCCUAUGGACUGGUAUCUGCCACCUUUGCAGCAAGUUUGGUAACUAGUCCUGCCAUUGGAGCAUACCUGUCUGCCAGCUAUGGAGAUAACCUUGUUGUACUGGUGGCCACAUUGGUGGCUGUUGUGGACAUCUGCUUCAUCCUGCUAGCUGUACCAGAAUCUCUGCCAGAAAAAAUGAGAUCUGCUUCGUGGGGAGCCUCUAUAUCAUGGGAGAAAGCAGAUCCUUUUGCAUCUCUGAAGAAGGUUAGAAAAGAUUCUACAAUUCUCCCGAUUUGUAUUACAGUGUUUCUCUCCUAUCUGCCUGAAGCUGGCCAGUAUUCCAGCUUUUUUCUGUACUUGAGACAGAUUAUAGGUUUUGGAUCUGCUAGCAUUGCAGGCUUUAUAGCUGUGGUAGGCAUUCUGUCCAUAGUAGUUCAGACAGUGUUUCUCAGUAUCUUGAUGAAGUCAAUAGGGAACAAGAAUACAGUUCUCCUUGGCCUUGGCUUUCAGAUCCUUCAGCUGGUUUGGUAUGGUUUUGGAUCUCAGUCUUGGAUGAUGUGGGCAGCAGGAGUUGUAGCAGCAAUGUCAAGCAUUACGUUCCCAGCAAUCAGUGCUCUGGUUUCACGAAAUGCAGAAUCAGAUCAACAAGGUGUUGUUCAAGGAAUUAUAACUGGAAUAAGAGGUCUGUGCAAUGGCCUGGGACCAGCACUGUAUGGCUUUAUUUUCUUUCUCUUUCAUGUGGAGCUCAACGAAGUGCCACCGGAUCAGAUUUCUGAGAAAAAAGCAAUGCAAGAUCCCGGUGAUGAGAAAGCAAUAGUUCCUGGUCCACCUUUCCUGGUUGGAGCUUGCAUUGUUAUUCUGGCUUUUCUAGUGGCAUUAUUCAUUCCUGAGCACAGAAUGAGAAGCCAGCAAAGUACCAGAAAACACAGCAACAGCAUCAGCGGUACUCUGAAUAACAACCUAGAACAAAGUAGUGAAGAGGACAUUGAACCAUUGCUGCAAGAUAGCAGUGUAUGAAGACUAAUUUCUGAGGAGACUGGAAUAAAGUCAUUCACCAAAUUGCAGCCCAGUAAGCUUGAUGGGAUGUGGAGUAUCUGGCCUCUGAAAGGAAUGCACCAGUGUUCAAGGGAAGUUCACAUGCUUGAGAUUGAUACCUUACUUACAGGAGGCUUUGUUUAUCAGGUCACAGAUUGGUGUGAGUCUACCCAAUAAUGGACUGCAAAUGCUGUGUGAAAUCCUGGUGCUGGGUAGAAUACAGACAUGAUGGAUUAUUAUUUUUAAUUUGAAUUAUGAGUUUUCAAAAUUGUAUGUAAGUAAUCAGGUUUGAGACUUAACACCUUCUUCCACCACUGUUAAAGGUUGUUUUGCAUUUUUUAUGCCUUUUAUCUGCAUGUAUGACACAUGUAGGCCUCAGAGUGUGAGAGAGACUGAUACAAUUCUGGUAUUUGAAGUAGUGGUUUUCAGUAAAAGUAAUUGCAUUUUCUGAAGACACAUUCUCAAAUAUUAUUUAGUACCAAGAAGUUCACUGGUUACCAGAAAGCACUGAGAUAGCUUCUGGGGGUGUAUGAUCACACAUGACAGUCAUUAGUCAUGAACAAAAAUUAUAUUAAAGUCUUAAGCCCACAUUCCAGAACACUCAGUUCUGAGUAAUUAAAGCAAAUCCGGCAAAUGCUUUGCUGAUUAAAAAAAUGGAUUUGUAUUUAUAAAAUGAACAGUGUCAGAAAUGUGGGCACUCCUGAGGCAAGAAAAACAGUGGGUACAAGAGUAGUUUACAUAAAGAAAUAUGUGUAUUUAUUGCAUUUUGUCACCUUAUCUGCCAUGGGAAAUAAUCUUUCCUAUUAAUUCUUUUCACUUCUGCCUUAACUGCUACUUACUGUUCAGUCAUCAAUCAUAUUUAGCCUUUGUAUCACUGUCUUACCCACUGAAUCUCAUGGAUACAUUAAUAUCAAAUUCCUUUCUAAAAGAUGCUUUAAAGGAGAUAUGGUUGUGCUAAUUUUUAGAGGCAUUUUGUGAGAAAUACAGAUUUGUAUGCAUUUUGCUGCAGUUUAAACGGACCAUUAAACCCAACUUUAAUGAAGUGUUCCUGUAUAUAUCAAUAUAUGUAGAUACUUGUAAGGAGUUUUAAUUUUUCUGGGUGAAAUGCUGUGUAAAUCAUGUAUUUAUAAAUGUAAUGAGGGUACUGACAGAUACAUAGUUUUUUAGAAGGGCUAUGUAUUGACUGCAUAAAUUUUAAAAAUAUAUAUUUUUGAAACUUCCAUGUUGAGGAGAAAUAACAAACCUUUUGUACUAUGCAGUUUGUUUUUUAAGUUAAUACGCUUUCUAAUGCAUAAUAAAUCUGUAUCUUAAGCUC